CGUGACACGUUCCCCUCCAAUCGGAAAACGUAUUUGAGUUGGGAGGUAUAACAAUGGUAUUUGAUUCACUUUUCCCAUCCCAGUUGCUCAAGGGCUAGAUAAUGCUAUGCCAUCUACUGAGUAGAUCGCCAUCGGGUUAAUUCCAGUUCGGAAUGGGGGCUUAUGCAAACCACAACGGUAUACCAAUGGUAUUGCUCGUGCGUUGAAAAACUUUGUAGAUUUCAUAGCAGUCCUAUGCAUGCACAACAACAACGUGAAUUGACCAGGUUGAGAAAGUUUUUAAACCAGCGUACUGAACAGAUCAAGAUCAUUGCGAAAUUGGACGGUAAAAUAUAAAUCUAUUUUUCAACGAGACGUCGUCCUUGGCGUCGCCGUCGUUAUUGGUUGAAAAACUAGUUUCACGGCUGAACGCAUGAUGUAGUCCACGCAAUCCAUUGUUUCUAAACCAAUCAUGCGAGUAGAUAACUCGUGCUAUCGGUAGAAUAAAUCCGUCGGGCCAAAUAAAUUCGAUGUUCAAAACGAAAUGACCCGUAUUUUGUGUAAAUCGGUUUUCAUCUUCCAUGAAUCAAUUCUGGGCAUCAUGUGUAACCGUAUGGGUUACUCAAAGGCUGUCAUUCUGCUUUCACAAAAUUACAGUCUGUGAUGUGGUUGAAGCGACAAGGAAAAUGCAUAGAACAUACGAAAAGAAGAUUAAUAUGAAAUCUCACCUAUAUCGUCAUCAACACGCUUCGGAUUGUUUUAUCAACAAUGAUAGAUAGAUAGAUAGAUAGCUUGCAUAUGCGCCGAGCCGUGAAAUCCCCUCUUUAAGCUUCCUAGCCUAUAUAUUAAGUGUUAACAAAACGUACGACACUGAUCCACUGGCAGGCCGUGAUAUUUAUCCUGCGGAUGUUGUGAUCUAUCCUAGACAGUGACAACCUCUGUUGUGUUGUGUUUCAUAUUGGCUUUUUGCUUUUUGUCUAGAUAAACUAAUGUCUAAUUCGUACCCUUUUCUUUCGAUUCCCGUCGUUUCCCGCCUUUCCUCGCUACUGGUCUAGGAAACCACAAUCUCUUAUCUAAAUCUAAAAUAGAUUACGGCUGCUCGACUAAAGCGACACUGAGAGGUAGCUUAUGGACUUUUGUCACAAACGAACUUCUUAAGAACUACAGGUUAGUUAGCUUGUGUCACACCACCCCUCCCCGAAAGAAAAAAAUCUCAGAUUUUUUCUGUCUGGGAUGGGCGGCUCUGACACAGGUUAGGGCAGCGGAUGUGUCUGAUAUGAAUGUGAUAAUAAGGCAAAUUUUUCUGCGGACCAUGCUAUCUUAUUUGUACAUUGCCGUUCGUAGCGCGCCUGCUGUAACCUGGCGGGGCAAAAAAUCACUACACUACAGGUACCAGCCACCAGACACACCGGAUAUGAUGGCUAAACGAGACUUUUUUACAGUGUCUAAAAUAAUUUGAAACUUUUCCAGCAGGUACGAGAAACGAAACAGUCGUUCUUGUCAAAUAAACUCUCUUCUUUUCCACGCAGUUAUCAAUAUUUUAUUCCCAGUGUACGUUUUGGCAUUUGCUAGUUUAUUAACGCGAUAUUUGAGUUUUGCGUCGACUUGCGUCGAAUGUUCCGACGAAGGUUUGAAGGUAGAUUGAGUGAUGACUGUAGAUGGUGCCUUUAGAGGGCUGGAAGGAAGGAGAUUCAGUUAUAAGCUUCGGAGAGCAAAGUGAAUGGCCGAUAGAUGAACCGUCUUGAAGUCAACUUUGUAUUAACUAGCAGGUAAAUCGGAGUUGCUGUGAAGGUUCGUCGAAGGAUUCAGCCGCCAUGAGAAGGAUACAACGGAAAAAAAGAGUGUGAAAUGAGCCAAUCUGGAUAUAAUUAGUCACUUAAAUUAUCUAUACAGGUGUACCAACGGAAAUAACAAAACACUUACUUCAACAUGUAAAAUUCCCUUGUUCUAAAGCAAGCGUAAGAUCAAGGAAAUUACUACGAAAGCAAUGGGGAAACCUAUAUUUACUAUUUUAUCAUCGGUGAUGGUCGUAGCUGGGCUUGUAGGAGUUAUCGUUGAAGUGUACAAGAUGUCACAGGACACUAUCCUUCGUCUUGUAAAGCGUGAUAUCGUCGGGGACUAUGAUGCACUUUAUGAUGAGUACUUUCCUCGAUAUUACCAUGCCACAGGGAUCUUAUCGCUUCCGUUUGAUGGUAUUGUUGAACCAUUUGAAGCUUGGUUCGCAGGAGACAGAAACACGAGUCGAAUCGAUUAUUAUUACGGCAUGGACAAGACUAUACAGCGAGGAGACCUAGGCAAGCACGGUAUCCUGUUUAAAAUCGUGCCCAUGCACUCGGAGAUGAAGCCUUCAGAUAAUGAUUUCAUGAGCUGCUGGUAUAAACCACUUCCUAAAUGGCUGCCGCGUGCAGGACAGAGUGUCAUUCCUACUAACCUGUCCGAGUUUAAGUUUGUUUCUGAAGAAAUGCACCGGGGAAUGCCAUGCCUCAAGUACGAAAGGAAAAACAGACGAUACAACAAAACUAACACUUACAGCUUUUUCAUUUCUAAAACCAAACCUCAUAGACCUCUGAGAUACGAGAUGAUGGGCUAUGACGACAUGCUGACGUCACAUUAUGACCACUACGUGCUCGACUACAUAUCAUUUGAGCCUUGGAAAUUUAACAGGUCCUUGUUCGGCUUGCCGAAAAACUCAAGUUGCGACAAGAAGGCAAAGAAGCUCCGCUUCCAUUAUUUGGCAAAUCCUAUGGCGGAAUACAUGCACUUUUCACAUCACAAAGAUCGCGAGCUCGACAAAACUUACGAAGAAUACCAAGCCAAACAUGGCAAGAAUUAUUCUUCACUGACAGAACACGAGCGACGGAAACACAUCUUUAAACACAACCUCAGAUACAUUCGCUCGAAGAACCGUGCAAACCUGAAGUAUAAAUUAACUCCAAACAACAUGGCGGACAUGACAGAAAAGGAGGUAGACUUACAUAAAGGAUUACUCCAAGAAAAGAAAUCCAAGAAAUCCAAGAAAUUCAAAUCAUCAACUCUGCCUUUCAACCAAUCAGUAAUGCAUACAGAUCUUGUUCCCGAGCAGUUGGACUGGAGGGACUACGGUGGAGUUACUCGUAUUCAUAGUCAAGGUUUAUGUGGUUCAUGCUGGACAUUCUCUGCUCUUGGAGCUGUAGAAGGAGCGCAUUUUUUGAAGACUGGAGAACUUGUCGAACUGUCAAACCAGCAGUUAAUUGAUUGUUCGUGGCCCGUAGGGAAUCACGGGUGUCGUGGGGGAUUCCAAGACAGAACUCUGAGAUGGGUGAAACGCAAUGGCGUGGCUUUGAGGCGAGAUUAUGGACCUUAUCUUGCUCAAGUGAGUGGGUUUUUCAAUCGUUGGUAAUUAUGUUGAAUGUGACCAAUACUAGCCACUUAGUCACGCGAAUUUUCGCUCGCUUAUAGCUCCACUUAUAGACAUUUUCUUGACUUCUCAUUGGCUCGUUGGUCGUUAGUGACGUGAUA